ACGUUAGACCGGGGUGCAUCUUCAUCUGCAGCUGCAGCUGAGCCGACUGGAUAUCCAGGAGGGCCGUACGAUACAUCGCUUUUGGUGAAGUACGAGCAUCAUGUUGCUCGACAUAUAUGGUUCGGUGAGGAAAGAGGACCAAAGAAAGAGUUGAAGGUUGCCGAACAUGGACUGAAGUUGAAUUCUAGGGUUCCAUUGGCUCUUCCACCACAGAUGGAGAGUUGGGUAUCUAGAUCCGGUUUAGCUUCACUGCAGAGAACGAGUCUGAACAAGAUAGACACAAAUCUUGUCUCUGCAUUUGUGGAAAGAUGGCAUCUAGAGACAUCUUCAUUUCACAUGCCGUUUGGUGAAAUGAGCAUUACUUUAGAUGAUGUCGCAUGUCUACUUCACUUGCCCAUUAGGGGUAUCUUUUGGAGUCCUCAGGAUGUGACUGAAGAGCUAGCUGUUGAACUUGCUGUGGACUACCUAGGAGUGUCACAGAGUCAGGCACAGUCACAUGUUCGGAGCUGCAGGGGGUCGUAUUACAAGUUGGAGUGGUUAUAUGAUAUAUUCGUACAUCAUAGGGCUGCUUCCAGCUGGGCAUAUGCGACUAGAGCAUAUCUAUUGAUGUUGGUGGGUUCCACCAUAUUUGCUGAUAAGACAUUUACACUUGUAGAGGCACGAUACCUCCUCCUGUUUAGGGACUUGGAUGGAUGUUCAGGAUAUAGUUGGGGAGCAGCUGCACUAGUUACCCUCUACCGAUAUCUUGGAGAUGCGUCCAUGUACAGUUGCAAACAGCUAGGUGGAUAUCCUACUCUCCUACAGUGUUGGAUUCACGAGUAUUUUCCAACUGUUGGAAAAAGAGGGGAGAAUUGGAAUCCUGCUGGAAACUGUGGUCUUCCCCGAGCGAUGAGAUGGUCAUAUAGACAGGGAGUCCUGAAGGUCGAUGAUUUACGACCUAUUUUGGACGAGCUGACACCUACCGACGUCAUCUGGCAACCAUUUGAGGAUCAUAGAGCAUGGCGUGUAUUUGAUGAGAUAUGUCUUUACAGGGGCUGUUUGAAGUGGGGUGAAACAGUUGUUCCAUACUUGCCUGAUAGAUGUUUACGUCAGUUCGGGUAUAGACAGUAUGUUCCAUCCCCACCUCUGGAUUGUAUGAUGGCGACGGAUAUUGAUGUUGAUUGGAUCAGUUACCAUCAGAGUGUUGUCGAUGUGAUCGGUUCAUCUUCCGUGGCCACCACUCCAUCUGAGGUAGUAGACGGUUAUCUGGAGUGGUAUUAUCGUGUUUCCCAUCCACGGUUAUCUGAAGGUCGAUGAUUUACGACCUAUUUU